AUGAGCCGGUUUGGAAAACUAAUAGAACUUUCAUAUAAUGAAGACGACAAAUUAAUUGGAGGUAAACUCAGAACAUUUGUGUUAGAGAAAUCCCGUGUAGUUCACCAUAAAGCUCAGGAGAAAAAUUUCCACAUAUUUCAUGCCUUGUUCAGUGGAAAUUAUGAACAUGACUUACAAGACAAAUAUUCAUUGGAAAGACCAAAUGAAUACAGAAUUAUGCGUGAAGAUGAAGAGAUGCUACAUUUACACACUGGUAUAUUUGGGAGUCAAGAAGAAAAACAGAAAUAUGGAAAUAGUUUCUCUCAAGGCUGUAAAAUCUUAAAAGAAAUAGAAUUUACGGAAACGGUAUUAUAA